GGCCUUCCUCUUCAGGCUCGUCAACGUCAUCAAUGUGCAGAUACUCACUCAGGCAAAAGGAGAUCCUCUGCUCUGUUGACCGUUUCACUGUAAUACUGAUGGCAUCCUGCUAGCUAAUAUAGACUUUAAAUUCCUGUACUUGUUUCUCAUAUUCAGACAUGUAUACUUGUCUUCGUGUGCAUAAUUGGCUAACUGUGAUCCUGCCUGUUUGAUGGUGGCUGAACCUAAUGUUAGGAGAAUGUGAGCUGUCUGAACAUCAGCCUGGUGGUGUUGAUGCUGGCCAGGAGGCGGGACAAACUGGCCUUCUGUCUCAACGCCCUAAGGGAGGAGGAGUACGCUGAGAAAUACCCCGGCUGCCUGCUCAACAACUUACACAACCUGCUGUGCUUCUGGCAGUGCCACUACCUCAACAAGGACAAGGACAGCACCUGUCUGGAGAACAGUUCCUGUAUAUCAUUUACCUACUGGAAGGAGACUGUGUCGGUUCUGUUGGACUCAGACCUGACUUCACUAUGUGCCAUAGCCUGCUACAUCCAGGCCUACAUGGAUCUGGUCAAAGACUUUCUGGAAGUUUAAUGCUUCUGGAUGGAUGGAUAGAGAAGAGAGGAGAGUCAAUUUCUACAUUCACCUACAAACUGAACAGAUCUGAGCUCUCACUCCUCCACAUCCUUAGGUCUACAGAAUGACCGUGUGCAUCGUUUUGGGCUUGUGUGUGUGUGUUAGGUGUAGGAGUGGAUACUUGUGUUGUGUGUGUGGAGCCGUGUUGGGGUGUAUAACAUGCCGGAAUUGGAGUUUCCAUGUAGCUGUGGAGGAGAAACAGUCAGCCAAUCGGCAGCCCCAGAGGACUGAGGUUCCUUCAGCCUUUAACUAAUAGUAUGGAUAGGAUCUCUCCUACCCUCUGGUUAAAAAAACAAACCCCACACCCACUUCAUAGUGUCACCAAAAUGUACAUGGUGAUUACAUUGGCAGAUUGUACAUAGUAGUUACAACUGGUACACCGUUUUGUGGCACAAUUUCAGAGAUUCGCAAAUUGUCUAGUGUCAUAGUUCUACAGUAAGGAAAGGUUAUAACAAUCAAUUUGAGUUUGUAUGCCAAUGUAAUGCAUGUAAUUACAUUUUGAUGUUCAGUCACACGAACAUGAUGUGUAAGUACACCGACUGAAAGAAAUACAUUACCAUACCAGUAAUGUCUUAGGGACAGUGAGGCCUAGAUUCAAUCAGAUCAAGUGUUAACCAGUGAUGGCUGAUGUUUCUUUGGGAGGUGUAACUGUGUUGAAGCUGUCACAUUGGUGCUCUUGUGAUCCUUACCACAACGUCCCACUCGCUUUAAUGUUCAGAACAAAAACGUGUAGGCUAUAUAGAAAUAACGACGCUCACAUUGAAAAUCAUUCACCAAAAUUAGGAUGUCUAUCUGCUUAAUGGAGGUGUAGAUUACAUUCCAGUGCUCAAACUUAAACAAGGCUGUGUGGGACUCCGUGCAGCCAAUGGCAAUGUCCGCUUUAUCUUAAUGCGACUCCGUGUAGCCAAUGGCAAUGUCCGCUUUAUCUUAAUGCGACUCCGUGUAGCCAAUGGCAAUGUCCGCUUUAGGUAUAAUGUCUGGAGCCGCUGGUGGAUUUGACAGCUCUUAAUGCAGUUCCACUGACCAGAAAACAACCACUGUGGAUCUAAUUGAAUAGAGCCCUUAAUAGAAGACCAAUAUUUCAGGGAAAAGCAAUAGUUUUAUUUUGUUCUAAAAAGAGGCUAUUUAAAGAAAUCCAUCAUAACAUGAUCCCUGUAAAUGACAACGGAUUUAGGACGAGGUGGACACAAGGCUCAGGACUCACCAGAUGAAUCAAUUAGUUAUGUCCAACACACACAGGAGUCCUGACUGGCAUCCUUAGUAAUGUUAGGAAAGGUGCUUCACUUACAGCAUGAGUCUCCUAAACGUUGUGUCCGUUCUCAGGAUGUGUGGGUCUGUAUGUGACACUGGGCCCAACGGGUUUUUUUCUGCAUAGAAAAGUCUUGGGCUGACCAAACAGUAUAAAUAUUUUUACAUUCAAGAUGGUGAAAUGUUUUCAGUGUAAACUUAAAACAAUUAAAAAGCAGAAAGUAUGUAGAAAAGAAAAUGGACCUAUAUAUAUAUUUUUAAAUGAUCUUUGAGAACUACAAAAUCACAAAUAUAAAUUAAACAGUCAAUCUAAAAUAAAAAGAUUCUUUCAUGAGCAUUUUUAUUAUGACAUGGGAGCACCACUAGCUUUAAAGACUGCAACAUUGCAGGCAAGAGGGCCUCAGAAAUUUCCGGUUAGCUCCGUUGCACGUCCACC